AUCAAGCAUAAAGGUAUAAUAUAAACAUAUACGAUAGAAUAUAUUGGUCAAUUAUUUCAUUCAUUAUCUGCAAUCAUAUCUGCUUGUAUGUUUAUAAGAAAAAUAGUAAGAGAAAAUAACGUACAGAAAAUGCAACGAAACUAGCUUUAUCAUAGAGUUGUUUGCACUACGGCUUUUGCAUCGAGAUGAAAUAAAUCCAAGCCUUGGAGGGAGAUAUAGAAAGUGUAACCGCGACGAAUAUAGAGUUGGAUCGCUGCACCCACAUAGGUGAUCAUUCUUCAGGAGCGCUUACGCGUGCGCGCGUAUUCUUUCGAAGUCAGGACGUCCCUUUCGCGACGACUCGACACCUUCGCACUGUAUUCAGCGAACCUUCGAUCUUAUAUCUUCCUCGAUUAUAUAUCUCCGUAUAUCCUGUAUUCUUUUCUCUUUAUAAUAGUAAACGAGCGUGCAGAAAUGUGCGAGAUAAAUUUAAACGACGAUACGUGAUUGCAAAUCGCGCGAAUGUGUGUUGCGCAGAUUCAACACGAAUGAAUGACGCGAAAUCGAUCUCUUAUUUGUUAAAAUAUUUGCGAGUGGGCGAGAAAUUAUAAUUAAUAGCUAUGGCGAAGUUCUUGGCAACGAUCAAAGCGAUAAUUACACGCCUGGUAUUCGCGUCGCAUGGAUUCAUUGCUAUCUGGCAAGUGACGACUUUCAAGAAGAAUCCGCUCUUCUGGUACCUCUGCUGUCCCAUCCUCUUGCUGUUCUUCGAGGGUAUCUUUACACUUACUAUAAAGGAGAAUCAGGAAUGGAAAUGGUUCUGCCCGUCCGUCUUUCUGUAUCUCAGUAGUGUGGUGCCCGCAAUUUGGCUGUUGGAGUUAGACAAAGUAGAAAGGAGGUUGAAGUCCCGCGAGUCGGGUAUUAAUAUAUCAGAAAACUUUGAUCUGUCCAAUCUGGCAGCCGGUGAUUUGAAGCAUCUGGAGAAAGCUCUAGGCGUUGACAUCCAGCUGCCGGACAUACAGAUUUCGACGGAGACGUGGGUCACUUUGAUCGAACAGUUUCUGAUGUUGAUCUUGAUAAUCGGUCGAUGGAUGUUGCCUAAGGGCGAUCUCACUCGCGACCAGCUCAGCCAACUCUUACUGGUCUACAUUGGCACCGCCGCCGAUAUUAUCGAAUUUUUCGACUCCUUCAAGGAGGACAAGAUAGCGCGAGAACCUGUGCUUGUAUAUUUGACCUUAGGCAUCUGGGCAUGGUCUCUGCUACAGUUCACGGUCGUGUUAACUGCCACCAAGUCGAGGAAGUCCCGAUUGUCAUCCGGAAGCGUCGCUAGGAAGAAGAUCCGCACGGAGACCAGCUGCUGCAGUAUAGACGUCUGGGGAAUCGCCCUGAACAUGAUUCUUCAGGAUGGACCGUUCUUAGCGUUCCGCCUUAUACUGAUAAUCCAUUAUAAAAUAGUUAGUUACAUGAAUAUAUUCUUCACAUGUAAGAACACGUUAGUGAUACUGCUGCAAUUAUACCGGCUCUACGUGGUGCAGAGUGAGAACAAAAACAAGAGAAAGAACAAGAAGUACAGUAAGAUGGAGGUGUCGAAUAUCAGUAUUAUUUCGCGAGGUGACAUGUACAGGGAUGUGAGAGUGAAGAGUGCGCGAGACGAUAAAAGGCAGAAGAGACGACGUGAUAAGGACGUGGAAGCGAAUUACACAGAAACCGAGGAUUCUACGGAAGAGAAUGACAAAUUGGACUCGUCUCCGAAGAACAUCGCUCGCUCAAAACGAAAAAGUCGCCAAGACACUGGCUAUUCAACGUCUAGUUCUCGCAAUUCCGGCAAGCAAAAUAAAUCGCAGAAGCGCGAGGGAAAAAAAAGAUCAUUACACAGAGAAGAAAUGAGACGCGGCGCUUCUGAUGAUGAGAAACGCAAAAAGAGGAGCGACAAAAAGUCUAGCGAGAAAAAUGACAGAAAAUCAUCGAAAAAUAAGCAUGAUGACGAUUCCGGUAAGAGCUCCAAUCGAAAGUUCAACAGCGAGAAUGAAUCUUCCAGCGAGAAGCUGACCGCUAGUAAAACCGUCAGCGAAGCCAGCGAGUCAGAGUCCGAGAGAAAGAGUGUUCGUAAAUAUGCGCAUCGAAAGCGACAGCAGGAUAGUGACUGACAACGAAAUCUGGGCAUCAUGGCAUUGCUGUUUGUUUAUUCUGCGAUUCUAGUCGUUUGCAUUUUCUUCAUACACGCUGGGAUUAACGACGGCAUCAUACUGACCACGAGAAUGAGACAGUUAUAUCGUAAUAAUUAACGUAUACAUAAAUCAUUCGUAAAUAUAGAUAAACUGAGGUAUUUAAAUCUUUCGAAGUAACAACACGCGUAGCAACAUUUUUCAAAACAGCGGAUCGAGUAACUGGAAUAAUUUUUUUAAUUAAUGUGUGAUUUUGCUCCGCUUUGUCUCUUAUAAAAUCGCAAGGCAUAUGUCCUUUAAUUAUAUCAGAAAUAUAUUUGUGUAAAAUAUUGUAUCUAUAUACACAAAUUGCAUGAAAUUCUUAAUAUCUCUUUUUGUAAGAUGCAAUUCUCAAUUUCUCUCGAUAUCCGCAGAGGGAUAUAACUUAAAUGUAAUUUGAUAAA